ACACAAAGCUCUCUUUGCUGCUUGUUCAGGUACGUGAGAUGCAGCAGCCGGACGCAUUUCCUCCGGCUACCAAGAUGAACAACACCAAUAUCAAACCAAAAGUAGAGCCUCGCGAUGACGACGAGUUGCCGGCGCCGGCGGCUUCAUGGUCCGACGAGGAUGGGGAGGCCACCACCCCUCUCGCCGCCGGCAACCCCUUCUUCACCACCAUCAUUGCCAAGUCUCAUCUUCACCCCAAGUUCCAGAUGUGGAUCCCGCCUCGGUUCCAGCACCGCCUCCCGGAUGCGCGCACGGCCGCCGUGCUGCGCUGCGGCGGCAGGUCGUGGGCGGUGAGCUACUGCGGCGACCUGAAGAUGAAGAGGUUCGACGCGGCGGCGUGGAUGGAGUUCGCCGUCGACAACCGGCUCCGGGUCGGGGACGCCUGCGUCUUGGAGCUGAUCACCGUCGGCGCCGGAGGCGGCAGCGUGGAGUUCCAGGUGCAGAUACUCCGCGGCGGGCUGCCGGCGGAGGUGCUCACCUCCAAGGGCGCUACCUCCGACGAGCCCAUUGUCAUCAUCGACUAG